UCCCCCCCCCCGCGUCCCCCCCGCCGGGAAGCCGCGGGCCCGCCCCACUCGGGACAGCCGCCAUGCAGCCGCGGGGCGCCGUGGGGUCGCUGCUGCGGGCUCUGAGCCGCCGCCACGGCCCCCCCUCGCCCGGGCCGGCCCCGCAGCCCCACAGCUUCCAGGAGAAAUCCUUCCGCAAGAAGCCGCGGCGCUGCGCCGCCUGCCACGAGGACGUCGGGGCGCAGGGGCUGCUCUGCACAGUGUGCAAGGUGGCCAGCCACAAGCGCUGCGAGGCCAAGGUGACAUCACCAUGCCAAGCCGCGCCCCCCCCCCGAGCUGGUAAGAACACGGCCCCAGUGCGCCGCAGCGAGCAUCUGGGCUCCACCAAGUCCCUGAGCAGCGCCCGGCAGCACAGCACCCUGCCCAGGAGCCUGAGCAUGGCGGCGGUGCUGGAGCGCGCGGCGGAGCUGGACCUGAGCUACGUGACCGAGCGGGUGCUGGCGCUCAGCUUCCCCCCGGCGCUGGACGAGCGGCGCCUCCGCGGGCACCUGCGCGACGUGGCCCAGAUGCUGCGCUCCAGGCACCGCGAGCGCUACGCCGUCUUCAACCUGUCUGAGAAGCGCCGUGACCUCGCCCGCCUGCACCCCAAGGUGCAGGACUUCGGGUGGCCGGACCUGCACGCGCCCCCCCUGGACAAGCUGUGCUCCAUCUGCAAGGCGCUGGAGGGGUGGCUGCGCGCCCACCCCCAGCACGUGGCCGUGCUGCACUGCAAGGGCAGUAAGGGCAAGAUGGGCGUCGUGGUGGCUGCCUACAUGCACUACAGCAAGGUGUCGGCCAGCGCCGACCAGGCCCUGGCCACGCUGUCCAUGCGCAAGUUCUGCGAGGAGAAGGUGGGGGCGGCGCUGCAGCCCUCCCAGCGCAGGUACAUCACUUACUUCAGCGGGCUGCUCUCGGGGCGCAUCCGGCUCAACAGCAGCCCCCAGUUCCUGCACCACGUCCUGCUGCCCCCCCUGCCCCCUGCCCAGCCCGGCGCCGGCUGCCAGCCCUUCCUGAAGAUCUACCAGUCCCUGCAGCUCGUCUAUACCUCGGGCGUGUACAGCACCCCUGGCCCCCAGAGCCUCUGCAUCAGCCUGGAGCCGGCCCUGCUGCUGAAGGGGGACGUGAUGGUGAAGUGCUACCAGCGGCGGGGGGGGGCCGGGCGCGAGGCCGUGUUCCGGGCCCAGUUCCACACCUGCACCCUGCAGGGCCCCCGCCUGCGCCUGCAAAAGGAGGAGCUGGACGAGGCCUGCAGGGACGAUCGCUUCCCCCCGGAGGCCAGCGUCGAGUUCGUCUUCUCCUCCGGCCCCGAGAGGGUGGAAGGCUGGGAGCCCCCCCCCAGCUCAGCGCCCACCACCGUGGAUUACGGCACCGCCGCCCCCGCCGUGCGCUGGGACUCCUACGAGGGCUUCAACCUGCGGCACGAGGACAGCGCCGAGGAGCUCUCGCACACGCGGGGGCCGCUGGACGGCAGCCCCUACGCCCGCGUGCAGAGGAAGGGGGCCCCCAGCCCCUGGGCACCCCCCGGGGGGGACGGCAGCGAGAGCCCCCCCCCAGGCGAGCCCUACGAAGCUGAGCCCCCCCCCGGCCGCCCCCCGCCCCCCACGGCCGCCGAGCGCCAGGAGCUGGAGCGGCUGCUGGGGGGCUUCGGGGUCGGGGGGCGCGAGAGCCCCCAGGAGCAGCCCCCCGGGAGGGCGCCCCACAGCACCCCGACACCACAGAGCGCCCCGACACCCCAUAGGGACCCGACACCCCAUAGGGACCCAGGGCCCUACAGCACCCCAACACCCCAUAGUGCUCUGACACCCCAUAGCACCCCAGGGCCCUAUAGCGACCCAGGGCCCUAUAGCACCUCACCAUCCCAUAGCGCUCUGAUAACCCAUGGCACCCCGACACCCCAUAGCGCCCUGGCACCCCACAGCGACCCAGGGCCCUAUAGCGCCCCGACACCCCAUAGCUCUCUGACACCCCAUGGCACCCCAGCACCCCGUAGCGCCCCAGCACCCUAUGGCGCAGCAGCCCCCCACAGCACCCCGGUCCCCUGCAGCGCCCCAGCACCCUGCGGCCCCCAGGCACCCUGCAGCGCGCUGUCACCCUACGGCACCCCGACACCCCACGGCUCCCCGGCAGCCUAUGGCACCCCGCCCCCCUAUGGCACCCCCACAACCUAUAGCCCCCCCGCAUCCUAUAGCCCCCCCCGCAUCCUAUACCUAGAGCGGCGGGGGGGGCCGGGGGGGUACGAGGUGCCGCGGGGGGGCGAGGGGGGGGCGGAGAAGCGGCGGGCGCAGCGCUCCCUGUCCGAGGGGGGGGCCCCCCCGCCCCCCCCGCCCCCCUGCCCCGGCUGCCCCCGCUGCGGCCACCCCCCGCCCCCCCCGGCCGCGCUGCCCCCCCGGCCCGGCCCCCCCGGGCUGGAGGCUCCGGAGGGCUUCGGGGUCCCGGGGGAGGAGCCGCCCCCGCCCGGAGAGCGCCGAAGCCCAGCCGAGGGAGGGCCCUGGCACAGCCCCCCCCGCGACGUCGCCCCCCCCGGGGCCCCCCCGCCGCCCGCAACCCCCCAGGGGCAGCCGGAGCCCACCCCCAGCAGCCCGGGGGGGUCCCCGACCCCCGCCUUCCCCCUGAGCACCGCCUACUACGAGCCCCCCCCGGCCCAGCAGCCCCCCCUGCCCGAGAAGCGCCCCCCCCAGCGGGGCGCGGGGGGCACCCAUGGGUGCCUCCCCCCGGAGCCGGACCCCCCCGCGGGCGCCACCUUCGCGCAGGACACCUCCAAGUUCUGGUACAAGCCGGGGCUGUCGCGGGAGCAAGCCGUGGCCCUGCUGAAGGGCCGGGAACCGGGCGCCUUCCUCAUCCGCGACAGCAGCUCCUUCCGCGGCGCCUACGGGCUGGCGCUCAGGGUGGCCGUGCCCCCCCCCGGCUGCGCCCCCCCCGCCAAGGGGGACCCCCAGGAGCAGCUGGUGCGCCACUUCCUCAUCGAGACGGGGCCACGGGGCGUCAAGAUCCGGGGGGGCCAGGAGGAGCCGCACUUCGGGAGCCUGCCUGCCCUGGUGCUGCAGCACUCUAUCACCCCCAUCUCCUUGCCCUGUGCCCUCCGCAUCCCCAGCAAAGACCUGCUGCAGGAGGGGUUGGGGUUGUCGGCGCCCCCCAACGUCAGCACGGCCGCGGAGCUGCUGCGGCAGGGAGCAGGGUGCUGCGUGCGCUUCCUGGGCUCGGUGGGCACCGAGUCGCUGACGGGGCCGCAGGCGGUGGCCAGGGCCACCAGCACCCUGCUGGCCGCCAGCCCCCCGCCCCCCGCCGGCACCGUGCACUUCAGGGCGGGGGCGCACGGCAUCACCCUCACCGACCGGCAGCGCAAGCUCUUCUUCCGCCGGCACUACCCCGUGGCCAGCGUCACCUUCUGCAGCAUCGACCCCCAGGGCCGCAGGUGGGCGAACGCAGACGGCACCACAUCCCGGAUCUUCGGCUUCGUGGCCAAGCAGCCGGGGGGGCCGUGCAACGCCUGCCACCUCUUCGCCGAGCUCGACCCCGAGCAGCCGGCGUCCGCCAUCGUCGCCUUCGUCACCAAGGUGAUGCUGGGCACCCAGCGCAAGUGAGCCCCCCAAAAUAAUGCCCCCCCCCGAAAAUAGUGCCCCCCCCGCCAAAAAAUAGCGCUCCCCAUCAACAGCCAGCUGGGGGAGAGGGGCUCCCCCCCCCCCUUCCCAUAACCAUGGGGGGGCACAGCCUAAUGGGGGAGCCCCAGCCCCAAGGGGGGGGCCCGGCCCCGCUGCCGUGGGGGGCCCGAAGCACAGAGUCUCUAUUUUUGUGUAAGAAAAGCUUCCAGCAGAC